AUGGCCGCCAUGGCCGCCCCGGCCCGGCCCCCCGGUAACGGCAACGGGAACGGGACCCCCCCCCCCCCCCGCCCCCGCAACCCCGGUAACGGGACCGCCCCUUCCGGUGCCCCCCGGUGCCGCCUUCCGGUGCCCCCCGGGCCGGGACCAUGUCCUCGCGCUCCGCCCUGGCGGCGGGCAACGAGCGGAACGCGGACACGCCGGGCCCGGGGGGCAGCGCCCGCCCCGACCAAGCCCCCUCCCCCGGGGCCGCUUGGUGCGGGCGGGGGUCCGGGGCCGCCCCUCCCCCGCCGCGGGGGGCCGGAACUCGCUGGGGGGGGGUCCGAGGAGCCCCCUCCCCACGUGGGCAACUACCGCCUGCUGCGCACCAUCGGCAAGGGCAACUUCGCCAAGGUCAAGCUGGCGCGGCACGUGCUCACCGGCAGAGAGGUCGCCAUCAAAAUCAUCGACAAGACCCAGCUGAACCCCACCAGCCUGCAGAAGCUUUUUCGGAAGUUCUGGAUCAUGAAGGGGCUGAACCACCCCAAUAUCGUGAAGCUCUUUGAGGUGAUCGAGACGGAGAAGACGCUGUACCUGGUCAUGGAGUACGCCAGCGCAGGUGAGGUGUUCGAUUACCUGGUGUCCCACGGGAGGAUGAAGGAGAAGGAGGCGCGGGCCAAGUUCAGACAGAUCGUCUCGGCCGUGCACUACUGCCACCAGAAGAACAUCGUGCACAGGGACCUCAAGGCCGAGAACCUGCUGCUGGACGCCGACGCCAACAUCAAGAUCGCCGAUUUCGGCUUCAGCAACGAGUUCUCGCGCGGCUCCAAGCUGGACACGUUCUGCGGCUCGCCGCCCUACGCCGCCCCCGAGCUCUUCCAGGGCAAGAAGUACGACGGGCCCGAGGUGGACAUCUGGAGCCUGGGGGUCAUCCUCUACACGCUGGUCAGCGGCUCGCUGCCCUUCGACGGGCACAACCUCAAGGAGCUGCGGGAGCGCGUGCUGCGGGGCAAGUACCGCGUGCCCUUCUACAUGUCCACGGACUGCGAGAACAUCCUGCGGCGCUUCCUGGUGCUCAACCCCGCCAAGCGCUGCACCCUCGAGCAAAUCAUGAAGGACAAGUGGAUCAACAUCGGCUACGAGGGCGACGAGCUGACGCCCUACACGGAGCCCCAGGAGGACUGGGACACCAAACGCAUCGAGGUGAUGGUGGGCAUGGGCUACACGCGGGAGGAGAUCAAGGAGGCGCUGAGCACCCACAAGUACAACGAGGUGACGGCCACGUACCUGCUGCUGGGCGGCGCGGAGAGCCCGAGGGUGGCCCUCGCUGUCCCUGUCCCUGCCCGAGGGUGGCCCCUCGCUGUCCCUGUCCCUGUCGCGGCCCGGGGCUCGGCCGAGGCUCCCAACGGUGCCACCAAGUCGGGGACGUCGUCGGGGACAUCGCACGGCGGCAAGGGACAGCGCGGGGGCGGCCACCACCGGCAGCGGCGGCACAGCGACUUCUGUGGCCCCGCCCCUCGGCCGCCCCUCCCCCCCGCCGCAGCCCCCCCUCGGCCGCCCCUCCCCCCUCCUCGGAGCUGGGCGUGGCCGGGGGCGUGGCCGGGGGCGUGGCCCCCGCCCCCCAGGAGGGGCUCCGGAGGGGGGGGGAGGGGCGGUGGGGGAGGGGCCGGGCCGCCCCUCCCCCCUCCCUGCAGCCCAUUGGUCAGCAGCGCCCACAACCCCAACAAGGCCGAGAUCCCCGAGAGGCACCUGGACGGACAGCCCCACGUGCCCCCCAGCGUGAUGGGCCGCAGGAACACCUACGUGUGCUCGGGCGGGGAGCGGCACCUGCUGCUGCCCAACGGCAAGGACAG